UCCCCACGGAUCGCUGUCAUUUGCUUUGGUUUUAUUUUAAUUUUAUUUUUUUUUCAACCUCGAAGGGGAGGAGCGCGGAACCCAGCUGGAAAAUGAACCAGAAUGUCUGAGAAAAUGUCCAGCUUUCUGUACAUCGGGGACAUCGUGUCCCUGUACGCGGAGGGCUCCGUCAAUGGGUUCAUCAGCACGCUGGGGUUAGUGGAUGACCGGUGCGUGGUGCAGCCGGAGGCAGGUGACCUUGCUAAUCCUCCAAAGAAGUUCCGAGACUGCCUUUUCAAGGUGUGUCCUAUGAACAGAUAUUCAGCCCAGAAGCAGUACUGGAAAGCCAAGCAAGCCAAACAAGGAAACCAUACUGAAGCAGCACUGCUGAAGAAACUUCAACAUGCAGCAGAACUGGAGCAAAAGCAGAAUGAAAGCGAGAACAGAAAACUGUUGGGUGAAAUUGUAAAAUACAGCAAUGUCAUCCAGCUACUGCACAUAAAAAGCAACAAAUACCUCACAGUCAACAAGAGAUUGCCAGCUCUGCUAGAGAAGAAUGCCAUGCGGGUGUCCCUGGAUGCUGCAGGGAAUGAGGGCUCCUGGUUUUAUAUCCAGCCCUUCUGGAAACUGAGGAGUGAAGGUGACAAUGUUGUGGUGGGAGAUAAAGUUGUUCUCAUGCCAGUCAAUGCGGGACAGCCUCUGCACGCCAGCAACAUUGAGCUUCUAGAUAACCCUGGCUGCAAAGAGGUAAAUGCUGUCAACUGUAACACAAGCUGGAAAAUAACUUUAUUCAUGAAAUUCAGUAGUUACCGAGACGAUGUACUGAAAGGAGGAGAUGUUGUGAGGCUGUUUCAUGCAGAGCAAGAGAAGUUUCUGACCUGUGAUGAAUAUGAGAAGAAGCAACACAUUUUCCUCCGCACUACGUUACGUCAGUCAGCCACGUCUGCAACAAGUUCUAAAGCACUGUGGGAAAUAGAGGUUGUCCACCAUGAUCCUUGCCGGGGAGGGGCAGGACAGUGGAACAGCUUGUUUAGAUUUAAGCAUUUGGCAACUGGGAACUACUUGGCUGCAGAGCUUAACCCACACUACCCAGAAGGUAAUAAUGAAGGAAAAGCUUUGCAGAGAGACGGCGACCUUCCUGCUUCAAAGAAGAAACGCCAGGCAGGGGAGAAGAUUAUGUAUACUUUGGUCUCUGUGCCACAUGGAAAUGACAUCGCAUCUCUCUUUGAACUGGAUGCCACCACCCUUCAGAGAGCUGAUUGCCUGGUUCCAAGGAACUCCUAUGUCCGACUGAGGCACUUGUGCACCAACACGUGGGUCACCAGCACCAGCAUCCCCAUAGACACUGAGGAAGAGAGGCCAGUGAUGUUAAAGAUUGGGACGUGCCAAACCAAAGAGGACAAGGAAGCUUUUGCCAUUGUAUCAGUUCCUCUGUCUGAGGUCAGAGACCUGGACUUCGCCAAUGAUGCCAAUAAGGUUUUAGCAUCAACUGUUAAAAAGCUGGAGAAUGGAACAAUAACCCAGAAUGAAAGGAGGUUUGUAACCAAGCUACUGGAAGAUCUAAUUUUUUUUGUUGCUGAUGUGCCCAAUAAUGGGCAAGAAGUUUUGGAUGUGAUCGUUACCAAGCCAAACCGGGAACGUCAGAAAUUAAUGAGGGAGCAAAAUAUAUUGGCUCAGAUCUUUGGCAUCCUCAAAGCUCCUUUUAAGGACAAAGGUGAAGGAUCGAUGCUGAGGCUUGAAGAUCUGGGCGACCAGAGAUACGCUCCCUACAAAUACAUGUUAAGAUUAUGUUACAGGGUUCUAAGACACUCCCAACAGGACUAUAGGAAGAACCAGGAAUAUAUUGCUAAGAACUUCUGCGUCAUGCAGUCCCAGAUUGGUUAUGAUAUUCUGGCAGAAGACACCAUCACAGCUUUGUUGCACAACAACAGAAAACUGCUAGAGAAACACAUCACAGCUAAAGAAAUAGAGACAUUUGUGAAUUUACUCAGGAGAAAUCGAGAGCCAAGAUUCUUGGAUUAUCUGUCAGACCUGUGUGUAUCUAACACCACAGCAAUACCAGUAACUCAGGAACUCAUCUGCAAGUUUAUGCUGAGCCCAGGGAAUGCUGACAUUCUCAUCCAGACCAAGCUGGUUUCAACCCAAAUGGACAAUCCCUUGGAAUGCCCAGUCAUCUCGGAUGACAUUGAUGAAGAGGAAGUGUGGCUUUACUGGAUCGACAGCAACAAGGAGCCUCAUGGCAAAGCCAUCAGGCAUCUGGCUCAGGAGGCAAAGGAGGGCACAAAAGCUGAUUUAGAAGUUCUUACCUACUACAGGUACCAACUGAACCUCUUUGCAAGAAUGUGCCUGGACCGCCAGUAUCUGGCCAUCAACCAGAUUUCUGCCCAGCUCUCAGUAGACCUGAUCCUCAGGUGUAUGUCUGAUGAAAGCCUCCCCUACGACCUGCGGGCUUCCUUCUGCCGUCUGAUGCUGCACAUGCACGUGGACAGAGAUCCCCAGGAGUCUGUGGUGCCUGUCAAGUACGCCAGAUUGUGGACUGAAAUUCCUACCAAGAUCACGAUUCAUGAGUAUGAUUCCUUCACUGACUCUUCAAGGAAUGAAAUGAAGACAAAGUUUGCACUAACAAUGGAAUUUGUAGAAGAGUACUUGAAAGAAGUUGUGAAUCAACCCUUUCCAUUUGGAGACAAAGAGAAAAACAAACUUACAUUUGAGGUGGUACAUCUGGCUCGAAACCUCAUAUACUUUGGCUUUUAUAGUUUUAGUGAGCUUCUCAGACUGACCCGGACACUGCUGGCAAUUCUAGAUAUUGUUCAAGUGCCCAUAUCAUCAUACUUCGAAAGGCUGAGCAAGUUUCAGGAUGGAGGGAACAAUGUCAUGAGGACCAUCCAUGGGGUGGGAGAGAUGAUGACCCAAAUGGUGCUGAGCAGAGGGUCUGUGUUUCCCAUCAGUACCCCUGACAUCCAGCCAAGCAUUCACCCAAGCAAGCAAGCCACCACUGCAGACAGUGAAGAUGUCAUCGUAAUGGACACCAAACUGAAAAUCAUUGAGAUUUUGCAGUUUAUUCUCAGUGUUAGACUGGACUACAGAAUAUCCUACAUGCUGUCUAUCUAUAAGAGAGAGUUUGGGGAAAACACUGAGAACGUUGACUGCUCUACAUCAUCCCCACCUGACACACCAGGCACUGCCUCAGCAAUUGUUCCUGACAUAGAUGAAAUUGCAGCUCAGGCUGAAACCAUGUUUGCUGGCAGAAAGGAGAAGAAUGCAGUUCAGCUUGAUGACGAAGGGGGCAGAACUUUUUUACGGGUCCUCAUUCACCUCAUCAUGCACGACUACCCCCCGUUGCUCUCGGGGGCUCUGCACCUGCUGUUCAAGCACUUCAGCCAGAGAGCAGAAGUUCUGCAAGCAUUCAAACAGGUUCAGUUGCUGGUGUCCAAUCAAGAUGUGGAUAACUACAAGCAAAUCAAGGCUGAUCUUGACCAGCUACGUCUGACUGUAGAAAAAUCCGAAUUGUGGGUUGAGAAGAGCAGCAAUUAUGAGAGUGGAGAGGUGGGCGAUAAUCAAACCAAGGGGGGAGAGGAGCCAAUGGAGGAAUCAAAUAUUUUGAGCCCAAUACAGGAUGGGACCAAAAAACCCCAGAUAGACAGCAUUAAAAGCAAUAACUACAAUAUUGUUAAAGAGAUUUUGAUUCGACUCAGCAAACUUUGUGUUCAGAAUAAAAAAUGUCGGAAUCAACAGCAGCGUUUACUGAAAAAUAUGGGUGCCCACUUGGUAGUCUUGGACCUUCUGCAGAUCCCCUAUGAAAAGAGUGAUGAAAAGAUGAAUGAAGUUAUGAAUCUAGCCCACACUUUUCUUCAGAAUUUCUGUCGAGGAAAUCCUCAGAAUCAAGUUCUCCUCCACAAAAAUCUCAACUUGUUCUUAACUCCAGGGCUCCUGGAAGCUGAGACCAUGAGGCACAUCUUCAUGAAUAAUUACCUCCUGUGCAACGAGAUCAGCGAGAGGGUGGUGCAGCACUUUGUGCACUGCAUCGAGACGCACGGCCGGCACGUGGAGUACCUGCGCUUCCUGCAGACCAUCGUCAAAGCAGAUGGCAAAUACGUGAAAAAGUGCCAGGACAUGGUCAUGACAGAGCUGAUAAACGGCGGGGAAGACGUGUUGAUAUUCUACAACGACAGAGCUUCCUUCCCGGUGCUGCUGCAGAUGAUGUGCUCGGAGCGCGACCGAGCCGACGAGAGCGGGCCCCUGGCCUAUCACAUCACCCUGGUGGAACUGCUGGCCGCCUGCACCGAGGGCAAGAACGUGUACACAGAGAUCAAGUGCAAUUCACUGCUGCCCCUGGAUGAUAUCGUGAGGGUAGUGACCCAUGAUGACUGCAUUCCUGAGGUGAAAAUUGCAUAUGUUAAUUUUGUUAACCACUGUUAUGUGGAUACUGAAGUGGAAAUGAAAGAAAUCUAUGCCAGUAACCAUAUCUGGAAACUUUUUGAGAACUUCCUUGUUGAUAUGGCAAGGGUUUGUAACACAACCACAGAUCGUAAACAUGCAGACACGUCUCUGGAGAAAUAUGUCACUGAGCCUGUCAUGAGCAUUGUGAGUGGCUUCUUCAAUUCACCAUUUUCAGACAACAGCACCAGCCUCCAGACACACCAGCCUGUUUUUAUUCAGCUGCUACAGUCUGCUUUUAGAAUUUACAACUGUACCUGGCCAAACCCAACACAGAAAGCCUCAGUGGAGUCCUGUAUCAAGACUUUGGCUGAAGUGGCCAAGAACCGUGGGAUUGCAAUUCCAGUGGAUUUGGACAGCCAGGUGAACACUUUGUUCAUGAAGAGUCACUCCAACAUGGUGCAGAGGGCAGCCAUGGGGUGGAGGAUGUCAGCCCGCAGUGGACCUCGCUUCAAAGAAGCUCUUGGUGGGCCUGCCUGGGAUUACAGGAACAUCAUAGAGAAACUACAGGACGUGGUGUCCUCCCUGGAGCAGCAGUUCACGCCCAUGAUGCAAGCUGAAUUCUCGGUGCUGGUUGAUGUGCUGCACAGCCCAGAGCUCCUGUUCCCCGAGGGCAGCGAUGCCAGAAUAAGAUGCGGCGCUUUCAUGUCCAAGUUGAUUAAUCACACAAAGAAGCUAAUGGAGAAAGAAGAAAAGCUCUGCAUUAAAAUCCUUCAAACUUUACGAGAAAUGCUUGACAAGAAAACCAACUUUGCAGAAGAGGGCAACACUUUAAGGAAAAUCCUCCUGUAUCGGUACUUUAAAGGGGAAUGUGGAAGUGGCAUGAAUGGGCCCCUGUCUGCCAGCUACAGCAAAACUGCACAAGUGGGAGGUGGAUUUUCAGGACAAGACGCAGAUAAGUCUGGGGUGACCAUGUUUGAUAUCCAAUGCCUCCUGGACAAAGAAGGUGCCUCAGAGCUGGUCAUAGAUGUGAUAGUGAACACCAGGAAUGACAGGAUUUUCUCGGAAGGCAUUCUGCUUGGUAUUGCACUGCUGGAGGGUGGAAAUACGCAAACACAGUAUUCGACUUACCAGCAACUAAAGGAGCAGAAGAAGUCAGAAAGGUUCUUUAAAGUGUUGUAUGAUCGCAUGAAGGCGGCUCAGCAGGAGAUCCGAUCCACUGUGACUGUGAACACUAUUGAUUUGGGGAGCAAAAAGAAAGAGGAUGACAGCGACCUCACCAUAUCUGUUCCCAAAAAGAGAGUUAAGGAUUCAACCCUGCAUCUGAAAGAGGGAAUGAAAGGACAGUUAACAGAAGCAUCUUCUGCAACCUCCAAGGCUUACUCUGUGUACAGAAGGGAAAUGGACCCAGAAAUAGAUCUGAUGGGCUCGGGAGCAGAUGCUGCAAAUGCAGAAGAAAAGUCUGCAGAAGAAGCAAUCAUGAGCCCUGCCAUUGCAAUCAUGCAGCCAAUACUGAGAUUUCUGCAGCUGCUGUGUGAGAACCACAACCGAGAGCUCCAGAAUUUUUUAAGACAUCAAAACAAUAAAACAAAUUACAACCUCGUUUGUGAGACCCUUCAGUUUUUGGACUGCAUCUGUGGGAGCACCACAGGUGGGCUGGGCUUACUGGGGCUUUACAUCAAUGAGAGGAACGUGGCUCUUGUCAACCAGACUCUGGAAAGCCUGACGGAAUAUUGCCAGGGCCCGUGCCAUGAGAACCAGACAUGCAUAGCCACCCAUGAGUCUAAUGGGAUUGAUAUUAUAAUUGCUCUCAUCUUGAAUGACAUAAACCCUCUUGGCAAAUACUGCAUGGACUUGGUGCUUCAGCUCAAGAACAAUGCCUCCAAGCUUCUGCUGGCUAUUAUGGAAAGCAGGCAAGACAGUGAGAAUGCGGAAAGAAUCCUUUUCAACAUGAGACCAAGAGAACUGGUGGAUGUGAUGAAGAAUGCCUACAACCAAGGUCUGGAAUGCGACCACGAGGAGGAGAAUGGAGAUGAUGGCAUCUCCCCAAAAGAUGUUGGCCAUAAUAUCUAUAUUUUGGCACAUCAGUUGGCUUGUCACAAUAAAACACUGCAACAGAUGCUGAAGCCAGGGUCAGAUCCAGAUGAAGGAGAUGAAGCCUUGAGGUUUUAUGCCAAACAUACGGCACAGAUAGAGAUUGUUCGCCACGAUAGAACAAUGGAAAAGAUUGUCUUUCCUGUCCCCAAUAUUUGUGAAUUCCUCACUCGGGAAUCCAAAAGUCGGGUGUUCAAUACGACAGAGAGAGAUGAACAAGGGAGCAAAGUCAAUGACUUUUUCCAGCAGACUGAGGAUCUGUACAACGAGAUGAAAUGGCAAAAGAAAAUUAGGAAUAAUCCAGCCCUGUUUUGGUUCUCCAGACACAUCUCUCUGUGGGGGAGCAUUUCCUUCAACCUUGCUGUAUUCAUCAAUUUAGCAGUUGCUCUGUUCUACCCUUUUGGAGAUGAUGGAGAUGAAGGCACGCUCUCGCCGUUGUUUUCCGUGCUCCUCUGGAUAGCAGUGGCCUUUUGCACAGCAAUGCUGUUCUUCAUCUCUAAGCCUGUUGGCAUCCGACCCUUUUUGGUGUCUGUUAUUCUCAGGUCUAUAUAUACUAUAGGGCUCGGUCCUACCUUGAUACUCCUUGGUGCUGCUAAUCUCUGUAACAAAAUCGUGUUCCUGGUGAGCUUUGUUGGGAACCGUGGGACUUUCACCCGUGGCUACAGAGCGGUCAUCAUGGACAUGGCGUUUCUCUACCACGUGGCCUAUGUCCUGGUCUGCAUGCUGGGCCUCUGCGUGCACGAGUUCUUCUACAGCUUCCUGCUGUUUGAUCUGGUGUACAGGGAGGAGACAUUGCUAAAUGUGAUAAAAAGUGUUACCCGCAAUGGCCGUUCAAUUAUCCUCACUGCAGUGCUAGCACUCAUCCUGGUUUAUCUCUUCUCCAUCAUUGGCUUCCUCUUCCUGAAAGAUGACUUUAUCAUGGAGGUUGACAGGUUGAAAAUCAGGACCCCUGCUGCAGGUAUUGGUGAAGUUCCCACUACAACCCUGACAUCAAUGAUGGGAGCCUGUGCAAAAGAGAACUGUUCCACGAGCAUCCCAGCUCUUAACCCAGGUGAAGAAGAGGAGGAUGGAAUAGAAAGGACCUGUGACACCCUGCUCAUGUGCAUUGUGACCGUGUUAAACCAAGGCCUGCGGAAUGGUGGCGGUGUGGGAGACGUGCUGAGAAAGCCUUCCAAAGAUGAGCCCUUGUUUGCUGCACGUGUUGUUUAUGAUCUUCUGUUUUACUUCAUUGUCAUAAUUAUUGUUCUCAACCUGAUCUUUGGAGUCAUCAUUGAUACAUUUGCUGAUCUCAGGAGUGAAAAGCAGAAAAAGGAGGAGAUACUAAAGACCACCUGUUUCAUCUGUGGACUGGAGAGAGACAAAUUUGAUAACAAGACCGUUUCAUUUGAGGAGCAUAUAAAGGCAGAACACAACAUGUGGCAUUAUUUGUACUUUAUAGUUCUUGUCAAAGUUAAAGAUCCAACUGAAUACACUGGCCCGGAGAGCUACGUGGCGCAAAUGAUUGCGAUCCCCAGGAACAGGGGUGGAGGUGUUCCAGCUGGAGCGCCCUGGAGCCGAGCUGCGCUGCUGGCAGGACAUGGCUGCAGUUCCCUGCUGGAAUCCGCUCUCGCCUCGACCUGCCAGCGACUGGAGCUGCUGACUUUCCAGGCAGCCUGCAAAAGCCAUCUUUUAUCCCUUUGUUAAAGCAGCCUGUGGCUUGGGAUGGAUCUGUGUGUGGGCAGACCUUUGGUCUGUGAUUCCAAGUGAUGGAAAGGCUCUCCAAGGCGCUGGAUAGGCACCUCCUGUUGCACUUAAAAUCCUGGCAGUGACAGAGCCCUGAUUCUCCUGGGACUGGCUGCACUGGCUUUGCCAGUGAAAGCUGGACCUUAACUGGGAUCACUGCUAGUGAUAAGAAGUUGAACCCCAGAGGAACAAUGUGAUGAGCAGAUUCUGAAACGUGUCAACUGAAUUAAUUUGAUUUUGCUCGAUGAGAGAAGCAACAGACACAAAACACUUCAGUGCUGUUUGAGAACAUUAUUGCAACAUUUGAAAACAAUUAUUGGUCUUUGUAUUACAGUGGUACUAAGCCUCUGGCUGCUUGAAUGGGAAAGAGACUGAAAAACUGUCUACAGCCAAGGCAGAUAACUGCAGAUGCUGAGGAAGGGAAGGACUGUGGGGUUCCCCAAAAGCAUGAGGGCAGUCAGUAUAAGAACAGAGAGAUGAAUUUGUUGCCUUACCAGGAACUCCAUUUAAAAAUAAAUAGACCUGAAGAUGUUUGGACUCAAAACACAGCAGUGAGAUUCUGCAAGAUGCAAAUUAGGGAAAGGCUACAAAAUAUGCAGUUCUGCUUCUGACCUCUCACAGUGCAGAGGCAGCAAGAUUUGGGGGAUUUGGUGCAACAUUGGCGUGAGGUUGAUUUACAAGGUGCUACAGAUAUGAUGAAGUUACUUGUUUGCUGAAUCUAUCAUGGGAGGAAAAAUCCACUGGCCCGUAUUAUUCUGCAUGGAUAAGUUUCUGAAUUUGUGUAACUUUGGACUCAUUGUGCCAUUUAUCUUUUGGAAUCAGCUUUAUGAGAUUUGUGUCAGGCUUUUCGAUUUGGUUGCAAGGCUGCUUUGCAGAAUCUUCUCUCUUGUUUGUGUGGUGGAUGUGUGUAUGAUAAAAAGCUAAGAUUGCAUCAUCUUUAAUAAAAGCAAAGAUGUAUAGCCUAAAGAAAUCAGAUUAGUUGUAGAGAAAGAAAUCAAUCAGGUUGGCAAAUUGCAUCUGUGGGACAAAGUGCAAAAUGUUUGUUUCAUACAGUAUUUAUUGAACAAAUUUGUUGAGAAGAUGGUUAAAAAUGCUCUACAAGAAAAAAAUAGGAACCAUUUUGUUCAAUUUAAAUGGCAUUGAUGUAUUUUUUAUAUCAUGAAUUCUUGCAAUAUUACCAACAACAAUCCCUGAUAAAGUACUUAACACAAUUGCCUCACAGGGCAUUUUGAGAUAAAAGUAUAUAUCGGAUAUCGUAAAGUGGCUGCAUCCAAUUUAUAUAUAAUGGAACACACUACAGCCAUCCUCCAAAAUUCAAUAGAUCAGGAAUCACAUUACACUUCUGUGAGUUUGGGGUAGUAGGAGCCUUAAAGAGCCUCCAAAACAAACAGGCAACUUUAAAUCAUAUUUAAUGAACCCCAUGUAUUUUAUACACAUGUGAUUAAAAUGUUUUGUUUCUGUUUUUCAUUUUUCUGGGUGAUGCUGACGAAAAAUAAGUUUGAGCCUGUGAAACCAAUCAUCUGCUUGUUCUCAAGCGAAAAUUCCGUUUAACUGAACACAGCAAACCAUUUAAAAUGCUGGACUGAAAAGAAAAAAGAAAAAGCAGAUCUGUGCAGAGGAUCCAUUUUAAUAUUUCCUAGCAAAAGCACUGAAUGAAAAUGUAGUAUAGGCUGAUAAAGGGUCAUGCAGUACCAUGGUGUUUUUUUCUUUUAUUCCUGUAUGCUACAGCCUUGAGAACAACCCACAGUAGACACAAACCUGGACGAGUAGAGGGCCCAUUUUUGCUGGUUCCUACCUAUUUCCUGAGGGGAAUAAAAGUGCUUUGUGCUUCCAUCCAAGUGGAUAGAUGGCACCUUGUGCAGUGCAGCCAGACCUGCAAUGGGGCCAGUCCUUGGCCAUUGUGCCUGCAUGGCCAAGGAGUUGUUCUUGUGCAGAGGAGUUGUUCAAGGAGUGCAGAAGAAGCCACAGGCAAGCCUUUGAGCAGAGCAGGCUGAUAGUGUUCAAGCCCAUUGGGCUGGAAGGCGGCCAUUGGUGAUGUUUUGUCAUGAGAUGCUUCGUAGAGAAACUUAAAUCUUAAUCCCCUCUCCUCUGAAAUACUCGAGCAUUCGUGAUCUUCCAGGUCUUUUCCAACCUUAAUGAUUCCAUGAUUUUGUGCAUGUGUAAGGUAUGUGCAUGAUUGUACCAUUGCUUAAAAAUCUGUUCUGUGUGGUGAUAGUCAAUAAUUCUUACUAAUUUUCAAAGAAAGUGUUGUUCUUUCUGUUGUCCUUUCAUACUGCCCCAUGUGCAAAAUGCAUCAGAGUGGAAAUGGGCCCGAAGCAGGAGCAUUCAGAUCAGGACUCAAAAUGCCUCUGCUCUGGCAGUAUCCUAAACCAGAACAAUUGCACUGCAAUCAGCAGAGCUCUGCCUGUGUAAAGCUGAGAGCAAGGUCAAGUCCUGAGCCUCUGAAAAACGAGUCUCCAGCUGAGUCUUUGUAUUUCCCAAAGAUUCUGUUACACCAAAUUGAAGCUAAAGCCAGGAAAUGGACAGUACUUGCAAAAUACAAGGUGACAGGACCAGAGAAUUAAAGCUAAAUGUGAAAAAGAAACCAAAACAAAACAUAAAUUUCAACAAAUAUGCUCCUGGAUCCUGUGCUUCAAUAGCUAGGAAGCAGAGGUGGUGGCUUGGAGUUUACCAUGGAGUUAGACUCUGAUCUAUUGGAUCAAAGGAGAAGGCACAUUGACAAAAGCAGGUCCAAAUGUGUGGUGUCCUCACCAGCUGGAUGGUACACGUGUGUCUGAGCAGGAGACAUCGUCUGUGGCUGGUGCUGCAGGGGUCGCUUUCAUUGCAGUGGGAUGGAUGCCGCUGGCUUUGUCUGGAGUUCAGCAUCUGGAGAGUGCUGCUGGCGUGUUUUGUGAAGGAAAAUCAAUAUUGACAGAGGAGUGGGAGAAGCAGGGGCUCCAGCUUGCUGGUAUGGGAGUGUGGGAGUGGGCAAGGCAAGGGCCAGAGAGGCAUCGGAAUUCUGAUCACUCUAAACAAAGCCUCCGGGGAGCAGUGCCGCCGCUGCCGGGCUCAGCAGGGUCUGGCCCUCAAACCAGCGGUGAGCUCACCGAGAUGUGUGGGGAGCAGCAGGGGAAGCACAGGGAGGAACAGCUCAGACUUGGGGGCGUUUUGGUGGCAGAGCUGGGGCGGCAGGGGCCUCUCGGGCCCUCUGCUGUGCCAGGGCUGCCCCGGGAGGCGCUGGGGGAGCUGAGCCUGUGGGGCUCCACGGCAGCACCCCGGGCACGCCCCAGCUGGGAGGCACAGACAGAGAGCUGCCACACUCCCCUGCACACGGCUGCCCUGAGCUUCCCACGCCGAGGCAGCUGCAACUGGAGCAGAGCCUCCCAGGCUGCCAUUGCAAGGUCCUUUCUUUAAGGACAUGUGUGCCUAAUGUCAGAAUAUUGAAACCAUCCCCACGUGAACAAAGUUAGUGAUUCAUUGCUGUUUCAAACCUCUAUCUAGCCACAGUAAAUUUCUGCUCAGUAGUGACAGUCUGUGUCCACAUGCAGGCUAUGAUUUACAGUUCUGUGUUUUGUAUCAACAACAUCUGGUUAACAAAAGAAGAAAAAAAAAAAGCCAAGAACAUUUAUUUUCUAACCUCUGUACCAGAUGUUUCGUUAUGCACAAGAUCCAGGGAUUAUAUCAGAAAUAAUUUAAUUAUUUUAAAUGAAUAAUCUGAAAUGUUUUUCCUAAAGUAUGUCUCGUAACCACUAACAACCUGAAAACAUAGGAAUGUGGAAAAAUAAACUCAUGUUUUACACAA